AUGGGUGGCAGUGACUUUGGAGGGAUGCAAUCAGCUUCUUGCCAAGAUGAAGAAAAAGACGGGCUUCUGGAGAACAUAUGGAUUCGAUUUCUUGCCGGAGGCUGUGAAAGAUCCUUUAUAACCUCAGAUGGGCAAACUCCCGCUUCAGACUUUGCAGAGGAGGAAGGAGUGAUCAUCAGCUCUUUCAAAGAAAAUCAAAUCUCUUUGGAAAGAAACAGGGGAAAUCAGAUUGAGUUGCCAUUACAGCAAUCAGAAUUCACUUAUGCGGGAUUCUCAUCGGCAGAAGAUGUUGAAAGCCUCCUAUACCUUGAAGAACAGAGUAGAUUGCCAUCAGUUGGAAAUCUGGAACAAUGGAUGCCUAUUUCAAUGGCGGCUAAUGUAAGAACCCGUUCUCAAAUAGAAGAAUCUAAGCAUUUAAAUGUGAGUGCCGCCAUUCCUGAUAAGAAUGCUGGGCUUUUGCCGAAACAGGGUGGAAUAGAAAAGCGUUACAGAGGGGUGCGGAGGCGUCCAUGGGGGAAAUUUGCAGCGGAAAUAAGGGAUUCGACGAGGCAGGGGACGAGGCUUUGGCUGGGCACAUUCUCAACUGCAGAAACGGCAGCCAUGGCGUACGACAAAGCUGCUUACAAAAUGAGGGGACCUCGCACAUUCCUCAACUUUCCAGUUGAAAUUGUGUGUAGGGCAUUGGCGCAUGACCUCAAAUUGGGAACCGCCGUCUCUCACACCAGUUCUGGAACUUUCCAUGAUAAUCUGUUCAGAAAAAGAGGAUCUUUGGAAGAGGAGCAACAGCCACAGAUGAAAAGAUUCAAAACCCAGCCACAAGUUUGGAGUUGUGAUGGCGUUGGUGAUGAUAUUUUGAGCUCAUUCGAAUUGGAGGGAACAGACAUGGAUGCGGAUUAUUGGGAGGAAUUGCUUCUCUCCGCUGAAACUAACGAAUUCCUGAGCUUGUUAAAUCCGGAAAUGGCUAUCUCCCUAGAAUGCAUUAGUUAG